GAAAUAGAGAAAGAGGGGAGAGAGAGAGAGAGAGAAAGAGAGACACUCUCACUAUUAAAAAGAAGCAUUAUAAAUAGUAUUAAUUGAUAUAACAUAGCAUCUAUAUCACUACAAAUAGAAUUCGAAUAUAUGGCAUAAUUAGAUAUUAACAGCUCUGAGACACUGUAAAUAGAUGUUAAAAAUAUUGAACAAUUAUAAAUAUACCGAUACGGAUUAUCGUGUUUACACACGAGCAAAACGAGCGAAAAUAAAAAGUGCAUACAAUAUUUAAGCUCGAUACCAAUCUGUGUAUUUUGAAUUAAACAUCUUUCUUUUGAUUUUCAUUGCUUUCAACGUGUAAAAUUUGUAGCGGUAAGAAUGCCGGAUGAAUGAAAAUAGCUGUAGCGUUGUAUCUUUCUUCUUUGAGAUAGUCGACCCCGAAGACACUAGCUGGCACCUGUGGUGGUGCGAAACAGGGGAUGUGCUGCGACAAGCGUUGGACGGGGAUCGGAAGAAGCUGCGCCCUUACCAGCGGGUGCCGCAUUUCCGUAACCACUACGAGCUCACGCGGAAGAAUUACCUGUACCGUAAUCUCAAACGCUACAGGAAGGCUCUCGUAAGGGCUGGAAAAACUGCCGAGGCUCGCGUCAGCGAUGCCAUGCCUGUGACCUUCGAGCUGCCUAGCGACUACCGGAUGUUCGUCGAGGAAUACCACAAGCAACAAGGAGCUACGUGGAUCGUCAAACCAGUGGCGAGAUCGCGAGGCAAGGGUAUCUUUCUGUUUAGAAAGCUGAAGGAUCUCGCGGAGUGGAAAAGCAGAGAGGCUAAGUCGCAGCAAUCGGGAAUCCCUCUCGAGACUUACGUUGUUCAAAAAUACAUAGACAAUCCUUAUCUCGUCGCAGGACGAAAGUUUGAUCUACGCAUUUACGUAUUGGUGACAUCAUUUCAUCCCUUGAAAGUGUGGCUGGCCAGGGAAGGUUUUGCCCGUUUGUGUGGCCAAUUGUUCGAUCUGGAAAACAUUGACGACAACAGAGUGCACUUGACGAAUACAGCAAUACAACUGAAAGCAAGUCAGAAUGCCGGGGGUAUCUCUUCGAUGAAAGGCGAGAACGGGGAAUGGAACUGUAAAUGGGCAUUGAGCAAGCUCAGAGAUUAUUUGAUAGCUUAUUACGAGGUGGAAGUUGUUGAGAAUUUGAUGCAACGCAUAGCGGGUAUAUUCACAAAAUUAUCAAAUUACUGUUACACAUUGCUAACACUUGGUGUGAUAAUGGCGAGCCUACUGGCGGUACAACCAGCCAUGAUGCAGGAUCGCAACUGUUUCGAGCUCUACGGCUACGAUAUACUUCUCAGCGAUGAUCUGCGACCUUGGCUAUUGGAAAUCAACGCAUCCCCAGCGUUAACGGGCACCGACAACGAGGAUCAACGUCUGAAAUCCGAUCUGGUCGACGACGUUCUCAACGUCCUCGACUUUGAGGGUCGCUUCAGCGGACACGAGACCAGAAUUGGAGGGCUGGAUCUGCUCUGGGACGACGGACCAGUUUGGACCAGCUGCCCGUACCCCGGCAUUCGCGCGGACGCAGCUUCCAGUGAUCUCAGGAGGCUCAACAUCUUUCUCGGGGCGAUUAACGAUCGUCAAGAGCAGCUCUCUUUAUUAAGAGACCAGCUGAUUGAGAAACGUAAAGCGGGGCAAAAUUACUCUCCAGUGGUGCAAUAUCGCUUAAAAUAAACGCAAGCAAGCUUUAUGGUGCCAACGUUUAAUUGUAUUUUAAACAUCUAUCGAUCGGCAAAAUUAAUUUCGACAACUCGCUAUCCCAAUUAGCCUCAAGUAUUAGUAGCCGAUAUUUUUCACGCUGUUAAUGCCUGCAACAUUCGCUCGAAACAUCUCUCUCGCACGUUAUGAAAUAUUAUUCGCAAAACUGUGCUGCGCAGAAAGAAUGCAGCUGGUGCACUCUCGCUUUUACAUCACAUAUCUCGUCUUCGUCAUUUUUUUCUUCGUUUCCAGCGUCAAAACUAAAUUUAGCCGACGACUUGUGCGACUUCGUAACCGCAUUAACCAGCCUUUUCUGCCCGAUAUCCAAACGUUGUUUGAAUCAUUUGUUUAUGACAGUGAAACCUAUCUUGAUUACGUUAUCCGGGUUAUCUGACAUCUCUCUUUAUCGCGGAUUACAUGGAAUGUUGGUGUACAGGCAGAAAUAAACAGACCUGCUUUACUAAAACUCAAUGUUUAAAUUGUCAGCGGGUCAAAGGUUCUAAUUAGUUUUCAAUCCAACUUGAAUAAUUUAAAGUUUUCAAUCGUUACACGUUCGAGCAGUAAUUGUAAAUACAAAAUGAAAAUGCAAUUUAACUCAACAAGAGUAUCACUGUUAUGCCAUCGUAAAUUUAUGGAGGAAAGUCCCCCUAUUGCAAGAUAGGCUCCUAAUACGAGAUGGCGGGGUUUCUGCAAAAUUA